AUGAGUACUUUAUUCAUAAAGGUUUUUCUUAAAACUUAUGAAUUAGCUGACACUUUAAGAGCCAUGAAUAAGGCCAAGGAGGCUCUGGAUUCUUAUAAUCAAGCUAUUCAAAGAUUUCCUCAAGAUGAAAGAAUUUACGGAGCAAAAGCAUAGGCAUUACGUCUUCAGAAAAAUUAUGAUGAAGCUCUGAAAUACUUUGAUAAAGCAAUUUAAAUGAAUCCGGAAAAUCCAAGUUUUUAUGCAGGAAAAGGUGACACUCUAAGAGAUCUGAAUCGUUAUCAGGAUUGUUUAAAAUAUUUUGAUCAAGCAAUUCACUACCAUCCUGAAAAUUCAUUUUAUUAUGGAGCCAAAGGUAGAACUUAUUUAAUAAUUAAAGCGGAUGCAUUACGACACCUCGAUCAAUUUGAUGAAGCGCUAAAAUAUGCCAACCUUGCUAUAAAUUGGAAUCCAAAUCUAGCUGAUAAUUAUGAGCUAAAAGGUAAAUCACUAUUUGUCAAAUACUAGCAAACAUUUUAAAAUUCUAGCUAAAGAUUGAUGAGGCUUUGA